UUUUUCCUUCUUUUUCGGUUCGAAAAUCACCUUACCUUCAGCUUCAACUUCUGAGUCUCGCUUCCAUUUGCAGAAACCAGAAUCCAAUCCUUCUUCAAAGUUGGAGAGGGACACAGAACAGUAGAAUGGGAGUAGGCGGCAAGGGAAGGAUAGGGGUGACGAACGGAUCCCUCCCUCGUUACUCCACCUCCUCUCGCCUUCGUCGUAACAAGCUCUUGGGAAUGCCGGUGUUGCUUGCGUCCUUUGGAUGGAUCUGUGGCUUCUUCUUGAUCACUGCUUCCUUUUACUUUUUGCUGGACCAGCAGCAGCACCAGCAGCAGCCUCUCUAUAAUGAUGAUGGGUGUUUUCCGAGCAUAACAAUCUAUGCCGCACCCCGGCCCUUCUCUUCAGGUAAGCUGGAUUUGAUCAGGGCAAGGCAGGAGCUGGCCGUGCGGUCGUGGCUCGCUCUCUCGCUGGAUGUUCAUGUCGUCCUCUUUGGGCAGCACCCAUCUAUUGUUGCCUUUGCCGGGACUCUUGGUCCCCGAGUUACGGUUGAAUCUGACAUUGAUUUCACGUUCCAGGGGACACCCUUCUUUCAUUCCAUGGUUGCAAGAUCACAAGCUUCUCGUUCUGACAUUUCUAUGAUUAUUGAUUCUGAAACUGUUCUUUUGCCUGACAUCCUUACGACCUUGCAUCAUGCUUACAAACUCAACCGUGACUGGUUCCUUUUUUCCAAGUCACUAGACAUUUCACACUUUUCAUUUCAGUUAGUUGACAAUGGGAAGCACUGGUUAAGAGAGGAUGGCAAAAAAAUAGAAUUUAAGAAGCUGCAGGAAUGUCUAGUUCAAAAACAGUGGCAGAGUGAGAGAUUUCUUAUGGCAUGGAACACAGGGAAACUACCUCUGCAUGCUGGGAUUCUUCCUCCUUUCUUAUAUGGGAAAGGGCUUCACAAUGAAUGGCUUGUAAAUGAGGUGUUGUCAUCAGACUUAAGAUUGGUAUUUGAUGCGAGCGAAGUAGUCUCCAGUUUCUAUCCUGAAACAUUGGGUCAGUGGUCUCACAAGUAUCUUCCACAUGCUGACAGUGAUGCUGAAAGGAAUUGGGAGUUUGAAGGAAACCAUCAUCUUGCUGCAUUGUAUGGAACACUUUUUCUACGACAGAAUAACACUCCUAGUAACCUAAUUAAACUUGUAAAGUGUUUUGGGCAAUAUUAUUUCGUCAAUCAAGCAAAAAAAACUGUCUAUUCUUUACAAGGACCAAACAGACAUGCAUCUUACAGUUUGGAACCAGUUCCAAUUCAAGAACAGGAAACAUUACAACUAUCAACAAGGUUCUUGCACUCCUGGAAAGAGAAGAAGCGGAAAACCUGUCUAGAAGAUAUCAAUUCAUUGGACAAAGAGUGCAAAUACUCUUUCAUGACAUCAUACAAGGUUUCUUUUGAAGUGCUGGUACCACUAUCAGUUACAUUCUCUUUGGAAUCACUCCUCCAAAUGAUUGCAGACAAGGAUAAAUCCAUUGUGCUUGCAGUUGCUGGAGAUAGUUACAGGGACAUGCUUAUGAGUUGGGUCUGCCGUUUGCGCCUACUGGCAGUCCAUAAUUUUAUAGUCUGUGCUCUUGAUUCUGAAAUUUAUCAUUUUUCAGUAUUGCAGGGCUUGCCAGUUUUCAAGGAUCCACUGGCUCCCAGCAAUAUCAGCUUCAAUAAUUGCCACUUUGGCACUGAGUGUUUUCAGAGAGUGACUAAAGUGAAAUCCCGUAUAGUUCUGCAGAUAUUAAAAUUGGGAUACAAUGUGCUAAUGAGUGAUGUUGAUGUCUAUUGGUUUGAUAACCCGUUGCCGUUUCUCCUCUCCUUUGGUCCUGCUUCAUUGGUGGCACAGUCAGAUGAAUACAAUGAAACGGGACCCAUAAACUUACCAAGGCGACUGAACUCUGGUUUUUACUUUGCUCGGUCUGAUUCGACCACAAUUGCUGCAAUGGAGAUGGUGGUGAGGCAUGCAUCCAGUUCAGACUUAUCAGAACAGCCAAGCUUCUAUGAUGUUUUAUGUGGGGAAGGUGGUGUCAACCGUGUUGGUGAUGACCGAUGUCGGGAACCCAGUACAAACCUGACCGUGUUUUUCUUGGAUAGGAACUUUUUUCCUAAUGGAGCUUACAAAGGCUUGUGGGAGAAGCCUGAUGUUAGAUCUGCUUGCAUGAAACUAGGAUGCCUAAUCCUUCAUAACAACUGGAUUAGUGGGAGGAAGAAAAAACUGGAACGUCAAGUCCUUUCGGGCUUGUGGGACUAUGAUCCUAGCUCUAGGUUGUGCCUGCACAGUUGGCACAGGACCAAAUUUAUGACUAAUUUCUGAAUAUCAAUCGGUAAUGUUCUCAUUUUCUCCCAAUUAGCGAAGCGCGCAUCCUUCUACAGUAGUUUACCUGGCUAGUUCCACUUUGGAUUCACAGAAGUUUCAGUGGCUUCUCGUUCAAUUUGUUCUGGAGUGCUUGACAAAAGUUACAUAGCUAAGUCAAAGAUAGCCGCAAGACCUUGGGAACUAAUGGAAUCAUUCAUGAAGCAGUAAUGUCUCCAGAAAAUGAAAAAUCCACUUAUCUCCAUUGACUUUGGGAGGGUUGUCAUACAAAGAGUACCAUGCUUUGGGGCAUUCUUCCAUAUGAAGUUUACCUGAUGCGUAUCAUUAUAGUUCUCAUGAUCCUAACCUUUUAGCUGAUAGAAUUGUGGUUACAGAUAACAGUGAAAAUGAGGAUAAUGGAGGUGAUGAUAACAAGAGGAAGGCAUUAUCUCCACUUCCCAUUGCACCUGUUACUUUGUGAAUUCAUGCUUCCAGCAUUUGCACAGAAGAAUUUUAAGAAUCAGCCUAGGAGAAUCAAGCAGCCUUGACUAGGCAGAACAAGAACACAAAACAAAGCAACAUAUAGCUGUUAUUUUUCCUUGCUUUCAUCAGAACUAGAAUGCAGAUAUUCAGCUUAUGUUGGAGAACCAGCAAACUAUUAAAUUUAUGACCCUGAAGAGGUCUGUUUCUCACACAUUGUUGCAUGUCGCCUGCUACUGCAUCAGGGCCCAGGAGCAAGAAAGACGCUAAGGAUGCUGAUGGGUAUCUACAGAUCUCCACUAUCUCAGCUGUGCAUCAGCAGCACAAGGAUUCAGUAGUGAGGAUUGUUCUUGCUGGUGUAAUUGCUGAAUUCUCUUCAGGUGCAGUACUGGCUUAUUAGGGAUAAAGAAGCAUCCAGGCUUGCACCUUGCCGGGCUGGAGGUCUUCAAAAAGCAACAUGAGUACCUUCUUGACCUGAAGGAGAGGCUGCUACCAGGCCAAAGUUCUAUCUUGUCUGCAGGACUACUUUGAUGAAACUUAGGCUGCAGAUUAGGAGGAGAUGGGGAAGCAAAAAAGGCAGUACUAGACAAAGAUGGAAGGAGGAGAAGGUGAUGGAGUUUCAGGAGUGUCUUCUGCCAAGGAUUUCUAUGUUUCAAAUAAGUGGUUAGAGUGUUUUGUCAAAAGGUUUUUGGAAACGAGCUGAACAGCAAAAGCAGAAGACCUUCAUGCCACCCUUGAGAUCGCUUGUGGAAUUGCAUGGUGGAUGGAAACCAGUCUGUCUUCGUGAAAGAUCUUUCACCUUAAAGAUAAUCUGCAAUUGACAUGUAACCAAGCACUAGCACCCAUGCUUGUUGUCUUCCAUCUUGCCUUAUAAUUUGAUAGCCAAUGAAUGCAUGCUGGCUGUUAUCUAUCAUAAUAAUGAAUAGGAUCUUUUGCGGUGCAACUUUUGCAU